GUUACGGAAGUCGUGCUUGACUUCAUCAGUCCGCGGUGUUGGCGCUUGCUACCGCGUCAUUUCCGGGCGGCGCGGAACGGAGUGGCCACAGGCCCACGGAGUAACAUGCCUAAGUUUUAUUGUGACUACUGCGAUACAUACCUCACCCAUGACUCUCCAUCUGUGAGAAAGACACACUGCAGUGGUAGGAAACACAAAGAGAAUGUGAAAGACUACUAUCAGAAAUGGAUGGAAGAGCAGGCUCAGAGCCUGAUUGACAAAACAACGGCUGCAUUUCAACAAGGAAAGAUACCUCCUACUCCAUUCUCUGCUCCUCCUCCUGCAGGGGCAAUGAUCCCACCUCCCCCAAGUCUCCCGGGUCCUCCCCGUCCUGGUAUGAUGCCAGCACCUCAUAUGGGGGGCCCUCCCAUGAUGCCAAUGAUGGGCCCUCCGCCUCCUGGGAUGAUGCCAGUGGGGCCUGCUCCUGGAAUGAGGCCACCUAUGGGAGGCCACAUGCCAAUGAUGCCUGGACCCCCAAUGAUGAGACCUCCUGCCCGUCCCAUGAUGGUACCCACUCGGCCAGGAAUGACUCGACCAGACAGAUAAGGAGGGAGGGGAGCUUCUUUAUAUCAGUUUUGUAUUACUUCUUGUUCUUCACCAGGAGAUCAUGGUGCUGUGACUCUGGGUGUUUUCUAACAGUAAGACAAGGAAGACAUGCUCCCUCUUCCUAGCAAAGAGAGAAUGGUUUUGGAGGAGAGUAGUGGGACAAAAAAAGCAGUUUUCAUUUGUGUUGUGAAAUGUGAAAAUAAAAUUGUCAACUCUUUUACUUAAA